AUGGAGAUAUCCUCACUGGAGGGAUCCAUUCCUGCUGCGACCAACAAUUACGAAGAAGAGCACGCGAUGUUGAAGAGCGACCGGACUGGUGACGAGCCCGAAGUGGCCCAUGCCAACAUCCUCUUUGCUCAGCCUCCCAGCGCAACAACUGCUACCCCUUUACACUUGCGACGCUCUUCCUCGCCCAUCGCAGACCACAGAAUCCCCCAAUGGAAGAAAGAAAAGCGGUCAUUCAAAGGAACCGUUACUUACCCUCGAGUAAAGAGUGAUCUGGAUUCCGCUGGGCCCGCUGCCGCUGAGGCAGCUCGAGCUGCACAAAAAUCCCCGCUUAUGGUUAACGGAAAGCCCCAGUUUGCCAUAUUCUGUGACGGAUCAAGUGUGUACAAACUGGGCAGCCGAAAGCUUAAACAGGAGGGAGGUUACGCCGUGGUUUUUCGCGACCCAUAUGACGCCGACAAAGCAGCUACCGCCAGAGCUUCCAACGCAGCAUGCACAACUAUGAAAUCUCGCGAGGAAGACGGCAUCAAGAUUGGGGACUUUAAAAUACGACACUGGCUAUCCGAUAGAACGUUCGGAUCUGGUCACUGCGAGAUGGCUGCUCUUGCCCAAGCACUGGAAGAGGUUGCGAAGCGGAUUGAUCAGCACCAACCGCAGGCGUCAAUGGUCAAGAUCUUUACCGAUUUCGAAGGAAACCUAGGACGAAUUGAAAAGGGCAUUCUCACAACUGAAGCCGAUGGAUUGAAGCGCAAGCGCCCUCUUCUUAAGGUCGACACAUCAUUCUACGCGAAAAUCACCAACCCUUUUGUACAAGUUAUCGUGUGGUUGUCGCAUUACCUUUCCGACCGCGGCUGCAAAAUCGAAAUGAUUUGGAUGCCUCGCAACACCACGCUCGGUCACAGGGUGGCUGAUCAUAUGUCCUACAAGUGGAAGACAGCCAAACCGGGUAGUGGUUUCAACCAAAGGCACCUCCCUCACAGCCAGAGGGACGGCAUAAUGGACAAGCUGCAUGAGCAGGUUGGUCCCAUCGAGCGUGCAAGGGUCUAUACGCCCCGCGACCGUCAUGUACUCCUAUGGAGAAUGGGGAAGCUGAAGCUUGCGGUGACGGCAAAGAAAUGGAGCCCAAGACAAGUCAUUGCUGACCUCAAUAGUCCAAGCGACUACAUUGCUCUGGACUCGGAGGAGGAGGAACUCGAGCCUCAGCCACAACGCCCGAUCAAACGGAGGAAGACUGAGGUUGAUGCGACCAGGGCCAAGAACACGAGCACAACAGACUCCAUUCUUCCGCACUCCAAUCCCGAGGAGUCAAAGUCUCAGGCAAAGCCUUCAAAGGAACCUCAGCCGCAGCCACAACUUCUCAUGAACCAUGAGCCUCUCCCGCAGCCGCCGAAAGAACAGCAGAAGAAGGAGGAAGAAGAAGAAGAAGAAGAAGAAGAAGACUAG